UGAACAUGACCAGUCUUCGCCAUGCCACGUGAGAUCAUCACGAUCCAGGCCGGCCAGUGCGGCAACAGCGUCGGCUCGCAAUUCUGGCGACAGCUGUGCGUUGAGCAUGGCAUCAAUCAAGAUGGUAACCUUGAAGAGUUUGCGACAGAAGGAGGCGAUCGCAAAGAUGUCUUCUUCUACCAAUCCGACGAUACACGAUAUAUCCCUCGAGCCAUCCUCCUCGAUCUGGAGCCACGCGUGAUUAACGGUAUCCAGACUGGGCCCUACAAGAAUAUCUACAAUCCCGAGAACUUCUAUGUGCACAAAGAAGGCACUGGCGCUGGAAACAAUUGGGCUGCUGGCUAUGACAUGGGUGGGCAGGUGCAAGAUGAGGUUCUAGAUAUGAUUGAUCGCGAGGCAGACGGCAGCGACAGUCUUGAGGGAUUCAUGCUGCUGCACUCCAUCGCAGGAGGAACGGGAUCAGGAUUGGGCUCGUUUCUGCUCGAGCAACUGAACGAUCGCUUCCCCAAGAAGCUCAUUCAGACUUACUCCGUCUUUCCGGACACUCAAAACGCAGGCGAUGUGGUUGUGCAACCAUACAAUUCGCUCCUCGCCAUGCGCCGACUGACACAGAACGCCGAUGCCGUCGUGGUGCUGGACAACGGCGCCCUCUCUAGAAUAGCGGCCGACACUCUGCAUGUCCAAGAGCCAUCUUUCGAGCAGACAAACCAGCUUGUUAGUACCGUUAUGUCUGCAUCGACGGCUACACUGCGAUAUCCUGGAUACAUGCACAACGACUUGGUCGGCAUUGUGGCCAGCCUGAUUCCGACACCACGAUGCCAUUUCUUGCAGACGAGCUACACGCCAUUCACAGGUAACAAUGUCGACUCUGCAAGGACGGUCAGGAAGACGACAGUAUUGGAUGUGAUGCGCAGAUUGCUGCAGCCGAAGAACCAGAUGGUGACAGCCAAGCCAAACAAGAACAGCUGCUACAUUUCGAUAUUGAACAUUAUCAUGGGUGAUGCAGACCCUACGGACGUACACAAAUCAUUGCUCCGAAUCAGAGAGAGAAAUCUCGCAUCCUUCAUCCCAUGGGGUCCAGCCAGCAUCCAAGUCGCUCUGUCCCGCACCUCUCCCUACACACAGCCUCCAUACACGACUCGUUCUCCACCUCGAGUAUCAGGUCUCAUGCUGGCCAACCACACUGGAAUCGCCACACUCUUCAAGCGGAUCGUCUUCCAAUACGACCGCCUACGAAAACGAAACGCCUUCGUCGAUACGUACAAGCGACAUGGAACCUUCCGCGACGGGUUGGGCGAAUUCGAUACUUCGAGAGAAGUUGUCAUGGACCUGAUCAAUGAGUAUGAGGAAGCUGAACGAGCGGACUACUUAACUGGUGCGCAGCAGGAAGAUCCAGCAGAUGGCGGCGCCGAUGCCAGAACUGAUGGCGUGACGGGUCGGUGAUUGGUGAUGACCAGAUACAAAGUCCUCCACAUUGGCAGACUGACCGAUCAGUGAGCGCAAAACAUGAUACCCAUGAACCAAAUUCGAUUGAGAGCGAUUUGCAGUCUUCACUUUUCCUGAUCUUCAACAUCUUCUCUUGUCCUCCAUCCC